UCAGCCGAGAGGAGAUGCACCCCACCCCAGCAGGACAGUUUGGAAGUAAAGCGGCCGACGCCCUGCCGCACAGCGGACCCCUUACGAAGGCGCCCUCUGCGGGGCGGAAGUGGGGAGCCCUCUGCCGACAGCGGAAGUUCCCGCCCCGGCCCCGCCUCCGCCCCCGGCUCGUGCGAGCUGGGUGUUUCCUGCCUCUCUCACUCCGGGCUUCGAGACUCCGGCGUCCUCCGACUUUUCAUGGAAGAGAUGUCAGGAGAAAGUGUGGUGAGCUCAGCGGUGCCCGCAGCUGCUACCCGCACCACUUCCUUCAAGGGCACGAGCCCGAGCUCCAAGUACGUGAAGCUGAACGUGGGCGGAGCCCUCUACUACACCACCAUGCAGACGCUGACCAAGCAGGACACGAUGCUGAAGGCCAUGUUCAGCGGGCGCAUGGAAGUGCUCACCGACAGUGAAGGCUGGAUCCUCAUUGACCGAUGUGGGAAGCACUUUGGUACGAUACUUAACUACCUUCGUGAUGGGGCGGUCCCCUUGCCUGAGAGCCGCCGGGAGAUCGAGGAGCUGCUGGCAGAAGCCAAGUACUACCUGGUCCAGGGCCUGGUGGAAGAGUGCCAGGCAGCCCUACAAAACAAAGAUGCUUAUGAGCCUUUCUGCAAAGUUCCUGUCAUCACCUCAUCCAAGGAAGAACAGAAACUUAUAGCGACUUCCAAUAAGCCAGCCGUGAAGUUGCUCUACAACAGAAGCAACAACAAAUACUCAUAUACCAGCAAUUCUGACGACAAUAUGUUGAAAAACAUCGAACUGUUUGAUAAGCUGUCUCUGCGCUUCAACGGAAGGGUCCUCUUCAUAAAGGAUGUCAUCGGGGACGAGAUCUGCUGCUGGUCCUUUUACGGCCAGGGCCGCAAGAUCGCCGAAGUCUGCUGCACCUCCAUUGUCUACGCCACUGAGAAGAAACAGACCAAGGUGGAAUUCCCUGAAGCCCGGAUUUAUGAGGAGACCCUGAAUAUUUUGCUGUAUGAGGCCCAGGAUGGCCGGGGACCUGACAAUGCCCUCCUGGAGGCCACAGGUGGGGCGGCUGGUCGCUCCCACCACCUGGACGAGGAUGAGGAGCGGGAACGGGAGCGGAUCGAGCGCGUGCGGCGGAUCCACAUCAAGCGCCCAGAUGACCGGGCCCACCUCCACCAGUGAGCAGGCAAGCGGAGCCAAGCCGCUGGCCCGCCCUCCCCCUCCCCGCUCCACACUCAGAUCCUGUCCCGGCUCCUGGGCCCCUCCACUUCCCCCGGAGUCUGGAGAUACUUUUCUAACAAACCAGAUGAUUGUUUUGAUGUUUCUCAACAAGGUGAUGGAUUGUCUUGACCCAGGUGAAUGCACCCCUGUUGUAGAACACGUCCAAGGUCGCUACUUUCCGUGAGAAGCCGAGAAGCCUUGGAGCCAGGCUCUCCUGGUUCUCAGAGGAAAAGUAUGAAUGGGUGUGAAGUGUACGUGAGAACUUUUAUUUCAGUAUUUAUUUUUGUGGGUGUUGACUACCUAUUUGAGCUUCUUGGGUGGCGUUCCCUCCAGGGUUUAGUUUGAUAGCUCCAAGAGGGAUCCCGCAGGUGGUGGCCACCAGAGGUGUGUGUGAGCUCCCUGUUUCCUAGCCCUCCCGCCCAGCACACUGGCUCCCAGUUCCUGUGCGCCAGACGGGGCCCAAGCCCCGCAGCUUUGCUCGCAGUGCCUUCUGCAACAGGAUUUCACACCCAUAGCUUCUUAGUAAAUUGCAGCUUGUAGCAGUGGAGAUGGGGCCUGAUGAGCUUCGUGCCUCUAAGUUGUUCCUAGUGUAGCUCCAGAUGCCCAGCUCUGUUUAAGGGGCAGGCCUGUUGCCACCUUGCGUGGGCCUGUGGUCUGGUAUUUGUUGGGACCCCGCAUCUCGGGCUCAGGGAAGAGCUGUCUCCGGCAGCCAGUGCUCUGCUCUGUUCUGGGCCCCUUCUACUUGCUCUCCUUGCUGAGCCACUCCAUUCCAGGAAGGCCAUGUGGCCUGGUAACAGGCAAACUGCUGCUCCGUGAUCCAUUCCUUCCUCCUCGGCCUUCUUCCCUGUUAAGCUAGACUUGCUGCCACAAGCGGAUGCCCUACCUUUUGCUCAGAAAUUAAAUGUGGCCCCAGGUUCUCUGUCCUCUGAGCCUGGUGUCCACUCACACCAGCAGCCCCAGGGCAGCUCACCCGUCUCAGGACAGCCAUCACCUGGGAGCUCCCCUUCAAGUCUUUGCCUCUGAGUUUUACACGGUAGGGAGUGGCCACCAGCGCACAGGUCCUCUUGGGCCCAGUUAGUGUCCACGUUCAUGUGUGUUAAGGGGAUGUGUGUGACUGUUGAUGGGGAUGUGUGCUUGUGGGCACAGGCGGCCCGCGCCGGAGCCCGGCUGUCUGCCUGGCGCUUGUGUCCGAUGGAUGUCUCGGUUACCUACCUCCCUGUCUCCUCUGCGCCCAGAAGGGACAGAAGUGAGUUGUGACUGAUAAUGGUGGUUGAGACUAGACUAGGUAGAGUAGUUCAAGGAGAUGCGGAUGUGUAGAAGGGAAUGGAUGGGUUUUGUCUGCUUUUCAAGGGAAACGUUACCGUCUUAUACCAAAGGUAUUCACGUGGGCAGCCUUUGACACAGUGUAUUCCAAAAAACGAGUUUAUAUUUUGAAAUGGUUUUUACAGCUUGGACUUUGUACGUACUGCCCUACUUGUGACAGUGUCUGCCUUUCUUUUGUAUCCAGCAGCAAAGCCCACAAUAAAACGUUAAAACAAUCAUGGUGGAACCUAAAAAUCAUGUAUCGGGUAGCUGCUUUUUAAACCGUGUGCGGGAAACUUUCAUGUCAGGCCAUUUGGCUUUCGUUAAGUGCUGAGAAAGGAGGGGCUUAAAAAUAACGUCUCGUAAAUAUUUUAUACUGUUUAAGUUGUAAACACCAACCCUGCCGUUUGGGUUGAACUUUUUUAGAAAGUUAAAGUGAAUGUCAGUUCUGAUGUUUUCUGUAGGAAUGGAAAAGCCAUCAUAUAAAUACUGUUUUUUAAAUGUGUAUGUGAAAAGUAAGUUUGUAGAAUGAUUUGUUUGGGCUCCUACACCUUAUUACCUAAUGUUUCUGGCAGUUUGUUUACUUUCACUUUUCCUCCGACUUUGCAUUUGUAGUUUUGAAUCUUUGCUCCCCUGGGCUGUGAGCAGAUUCAUAAGACAUUCCCCAGUGAAUGCGGCGACUGUUAGCUGCAUCUAGCCGUGAGCUGACAGAGUGGUGGCUGGGCCAAGCUCUGUUAUCCAGUAUAUUCUACAAAGAACUGAUUUUUCUUAUGCUAGCACUAAGGGCAAACAAAAGUCAAUAUUUAUAUUUAAGAACCAUGCAAGUAAAACACUGGUGUAAGAUUUGGUAAAGAGUUCAGUUUAUUACAUCGGAAUAGCUUACAGUUUUUUAAAAAGUGGAUCAGCGUUUGGUCCCUUGUAAUUGAGUUCAGUAUUUUUCAAAUUCGCCCUCUGAUUGUGGUGACUGGGGGCUGGUACCCGAGGCAGUUCCUGGCACAGCCUCUUCCGGGGCCUCGUGCAGUGGAUUAGGGGGUUAAUCGCUGUGCAGGCACCCCCGCCCUCAAUUAGGAGUGUUCACCUGUACCUUACAGCAGCUGUUCAGACCUAAGUGUGACCGACACUCAGCCCUUCCUCCAGAGUGUGUGCUAUCUUUAGGGCUCCACCCGAGUCACUGUAACACAUCUGUGCAUCACUAACCUUUCCAUCUCUCUGUGCUAUGAAAAAAAUGCUAUAAAUUUUAGAAGUAGUCGCUGUAUGUUGUACAAGCGUUUGUGGACAUAUGUAAAAUAAAAGUUACAUAAUCCCAUUUAAA